AUGGAGUACCUCCGCCUCUUCCGCCAGCGCACGGCGGAGUUCCGCGCGCUCGGGGGGGAAGCGCUGGACGGGGGAAAACGGGCGGAGAGUGGAGGAGAUGGGGGAAGAGAAGCAGCGCCGCUGAACCCCCUGCUCGUGCCCUACAUUGACUUGAACAUCGCUCCGCUUCGCAGGAUUUACGCCUGGGCCGUACCCACAGAGGAGGCUCUGGGAGCCGUCAAGGCGGCUGCAGGAGGGAAGGUGGUGGUGGAGGCAGCGCUGGCAGCUGUCAAGGCGGCAGUUAAAGGGAUGGGGGUGGUGGAGGUGAGCGAUGGGUAUGGGCAUGGGUUAAGGGAGGGAGGGAAGAACAGUCGAAGGGGGUGGAGUGGGAGGGAGAUGCCUCGGUGUCUGCACUGCAUCCUGACCGUUCAUUGCUGCUGUGCUGGCCUCCACCGGAAGAAGCAGAAACAGCUGAUGCAGAAACAGGCAGUGGGGGAGGAGCAGCAGGGGGAGCAGCAGCAGCAGGUGGGGCAGCGGCAGCAGAUGGGGGAGCAACAGGCGGGGAAUCAGCAUCAGCUGUUAAGACUGGCCGCGACCACCAAGCCUUCCUCAGUCGCGCAGUUGAUUCAAACAGAUUCUCACGCUGCGAUGGCGUCCCUAGCCGUUCGCAUGGACUCUCAGGGCGUUCGCUUGCGCGGUAGGCUCGGCAGCUCGUUCGGGGGAGCGUCGGUGCUGGAGCGGCCGGGGUUGGACCAAUCAGGAGGAGAGGACGGCGCUCCGAAGACAGACGCCGGCGGAGAGAUGGGGCAGCUGAAGCAGCGAAUGCGGAAUGGGGGCGGAGAUCGGUACCGCGUGCUACUGUUGGACCACGAGAAGCACACCGAGGAUAGAGUCGCGAAGGUACUGCCAACAGUGGUGCCGUCAGUCACGGUGGACGACGCGCGGCGUGUGUUCAACGAGUCCAGAGAGCUGGGUCAGGGGCUCGUCUGCGUUGCCAUCAAGGAACAUGCUGAGUUCUAUGCGCAGCACAUGGCCAUGAAAGGCUUGCGUUCCACUAUCCAGCCUGAUGGCCUAGUCAUUUGA